CAUUUGGUUGGUUAUUUUUCAAAACUAAAACAAAAUGAAGAACAUUUUAAUGUAGCUUGUAUCAUUAUCAUGCCACCGUACCGAAGACAAGGAUAUGGACGAAUCCUCGUUGAAUUUAGUUAUCUGCUAUCUAAAAUUGAAAAACAACCAGGAACUCCAGAAACACCCCUUUCCGACUUGGGUAAAAUUACAUACGAUGCAUAUUGGAAAGGUGUUAUUCUAGAAUAUUUAGAUAAACACAGAGGAAUCGACACCAUAUGCAUCAAUGAUGUUAUUAGUGAAACUGGUAAUUUAAAAACAUUUAAUUUGAAACUUUUUUAUCAGAAUUUUAUGAGACAAUCAUAACAUUAGUACAAAUUUUAAUUUAGGUUUAAUGAAACAAGAUAUUAUAUACACGUUUCAUACGCUCAACAUGGUUGUAGAAGUCUAUAAUGAAACGACAAUAUAUAUAGACUGGAAUGUUGUAGACUCUCACAUAAAGAAGAAAAUUGAGUUAAACCAAGUUCAUAUUGACCCAGAUCGGUUGAGAUGGUCACCACCAAACAAUCCAUCGAAUUUACAAUGUUCACCAGGUGAUGGCCAAGUUAGUUUUUCCUGAUAACAAAAAAAAACGAUUUUAAAUAAAUACAAUAUUUUUUUUUAGUAUAUUAACAUCUUGAAAAACCUGUGAAGUUUAUUCGACGGACAGUGGGUGGCUAACCCUAUAGUACCUAUAUAUACGUGUGCGCGGCUGUUCCUGUACCUGGUUUACACGCGACUCACGGCCCUGUGGUUUUCUGCGCACUGUUCGCUACCAUUCCCGAGUCACCACUUGGGGAUGCACUUGUACAUCCGGCUGUCUCUGAUGUUCGCCUGCUCGUGAUGUUUUUGGUGCUGCCAUCCACCGUCGGCCACUGAUGACAGCGUCUUGCGAUUCGUGCUUUGUAUUCGACACGGCCAUAUUCGCGAACUUUUACGGUUUUAAAAUCCGGCUUCAACACCCGGUCUAUAGCCAACGCGGUCAACACUAUCACGCUCACCGUCACGAUGUUCCUGGCCCUCAAGAUUUACCCCGUGCUGGCCGACGACUGUGGCAUCAUGUACCGCAACUUUCUGAUAUCGUCGCUGUUCGGCGUCACGUCCGUAGUCAUCUUCUUCCUGUGGCUUCCCGGGACCAAGGGCAAGACGGUUGCCGCCUUUCAGGCCUAGCUCAGGAAGACGGACGAUUUAGUCUGAACGAUGUCACACGAUCGAGUUCAACUGCUGCUGGUGGUCGCUGAGCACCAAGUCGAUAAUUUUACGACUUUGGACUUGCGUCGAGUGUGCAGAACUUAAUACAAAUAUAUUAUAAUAGAAGUGUCCAGUAGAUAGGAAUUGUCUAUUAAUUUUAUGUUUGUUUUUUACAACACAAAGAUCAUGUUAUGUUAUGUUUUUGUUACAACAAAUUAUUAUUUCUUUUUGGAUCUGGUUUAUAAGAAUAGUAGCACUGAUGGUUUGAUAAAUAAAUUGUACAUAUACAAUAUAACGAGAUAUUGACACAAAAACUACAUUUAAAUUACAGGAUUAUUAUUUCAAUUUCAUUUUCCAAAUAAAUGUUUACUUAAUUUACAGUUAUCAAUUAUUCCUUAAAUCGCAUAAUUUAUAGACAUUAUUCCUGUUUUUUUGCCACAUUGAGCACCUUUUUUUUUUGUUAAUAUUAUCGUUUCUGGUUUUUUUCCA